AGGACCACAUUUCUGGAUAAAAGUCACUCUGCUGUUCACUAGUCUCUUAUUUAAAAAAAAUUGCAGAGCAAAUAAAAGGAGACAUUAUGACAGCUCAACAGAUUCAGACUCGGAUAGAGACUUUGGCUCUGCAAUGGAAGUUGGAGAGAUUUGGGGACCCGUAAGGAAAAAAAAUGUUUUGAAUGAAAGAAUGCCACAGAAGGAAAACGAAGCAACAAAAAGAAGUCCCAAGAAAACACAUAGAUCAGUUGUUGAACAAACACCGCAGGCAGAUAAACAAACACCCAAGAAAAGCCCCCAGAAAACACAUAGAUCUGUUGUUGAACAGAACCAGAAUGACGAAUAUGUAACAAUGUUGCAGAUUGAGAGCAUUCUGGAUGGAUACUUCAGAAAAUCUGAAUUUAGAAGGUUUAAGAAAAAGGUAGAAACUGUUAGUGCAAACGAGGAAGAGACAACAAAUCUUGAAACCCUUAUAAAAACCAAAGCAACGUGUAUGAUGCAGUGAAGAUGGGACUUACUUCUUUAUUCACGGAUGAGGAAAUUGAUGACCAUAGUGCUGCGAGCAAAAGGGCUAAUAUGAACACACCACCAAAACCAAAAUUUGAUGUCGCUAAAUUUUCAAUGAUGGAGAAAUUGGUGCAAAAGCAUUUUCAGGUUUCACACAAUGACAUAGUCAUGAAGACUAAAGCAGUCAAGAGGAAAAUUUGCAAAAAACUUCAAAACAAAUAAUUUUUAAGACUCCGUUGAGCACUGUUUAUCACUGUUUUUAAUUAGCUCACCUGAGAAUGUUAUUAUUAAAGUGAUGAUGCUACUUAUCUUGCCUAUUAGUUUAAAGUGAUGCUACUCUACUUGAAGUUUAUCUGAGUAUAUUAAGGCUCAAGGAGAGCUUUUAGGGUCAGUGGGUUGUACAGUUUUACUUAUUUUUCUAAAAAUAAUUCCGAAAUGGCCUGCAGUUAUUAUUUUGGUCAUGUUGACAGUGGUUCAGAACAAGGACAAACAUGACUGAACAUGUUCCAAUCAUGUAGCAAAAACAUGUUUUAAAUAUGUUCAAACAUGUUCUUUAUGUUGAAAACAUGUUCUAAGAUAAUGGACAAAAAUGUUAGAAUAUGUCUGGACACGUUCUGAUAAUGAAACAGAAACAUGA